CUUACUACAGCUCCAUGAACUUGAACGCCGAGGUCAAUUAAGAAGUUCUUCGAACAGUACCUCAAGAUUUCGGCGAAUCUCUGCCGCUCACUUAAUACAAAAAAAGGUACUUGGUUCAUCGAUUAUCAAAAGAUUUUACUUUUUCACUUUGUAUUGUCAUCAAUGGUCACGAGAGUUGGUGUGUUGACUAUAAAAGAAUUGGAAGAUCUUUUUGUACCCCUGUUACAAAACUGUAUAAACGUGAUAGAAUUGAAGAAAAUCCAUGGCGGGAUAUUGAAGUACUCUCUCACACAGAGCAACUUCUUGGUGACGAAAAUGGUUGAUGUGUGUGAUAACGGAGGAGAUUUAGAGUAUGCAAGUUUGCUUUUUAAGCAGGUGAAUGAGCCAAAUGUGUUUCUCUAUAACGCAAUGAUCAGGGCUUAUACACACAAUCAUACGUAUGGCCUAGCGGUUGAUGUUUACAAGCAAAUGUUAAGAGACUCGCGAGCUGAAAACCCAAUUUUGCCUGACAAAUUCACUUUCCCAUUUCUCAUAAAAUCAUGUGCUGGGCUUAUGUGUUAUUUACUGGCGAAACAAGUUCAUGCACAUGUGUGUAAAUUUGGACCAAAGUCACAUUCAAUAACAGAGAAUGCACUCAUAGACAUGUACACAAAGUGUGAUGAUUUAAUUGAAGCACAGAAAGUAUUCGAACAAAUGACUGAGAGAGAUGUAAUUUCUUGGAAUACACUUAUUUCUGGGCAUGUUAGAUUGGGUCAAAUGAAGAAAGCAAGAUCACUGUUUGAUAAGAUGCCCUAUAGGACUAUUGUCUCAUGGACUGCGAUGAUUUCGGGGUACUCGCAUAUGGGAUGUCAUGCUGAUGCAUUGGAUGUUUUUCAGGAAAUGCAAACAGCUGGUAUUGAACCUGAUGAUAUAAGUAUUGUUUCUGUUCUGCCUGCCUGUGCACAACUAGGGGCUCUUGAGUUCGGGAAAUGGAUUCAUAUGUAUUGUGAUAGAAAUGGCUUAUUGAGGAAGACUUGUAUCUGUAAUGCUCUUAUUGAAAUGUACGCGAAAUGUGGUUGCAUCAGUCAAGCUAGGCAGUUGUUCGAGCUGAUGUUAGAGAAAGAUGUUAUUUCGUGGAGUACCAUGAUCGGAGGGCUAGCAAAUCAUGGGAAAGCUCGCGAAGCAAUUCAACUGUUUCAGGAAAUGCUGAGAGCAAAUGUGGAACCUAAUGGUGUAACAUUUUUAGGUAUUUUAUCAGCUUGUUCGCAUGCAGGGUUUUGGAAUGAGGGAUUAUCGUACUUUGAUUCUAUGAGAAAAGAUUAUCAAAUAGAGCCCAAAAUUGAGCAUUAUGGUUGUUUGGUUGAUCUACUUGGACGUGCAGGACGCCUUAGGCAAGCGCUUGAUAUAAUUGAGGAGAUGCCAAUGAAGCCUGAUUCAAAGACAUGGGGUUCUUUAUUGAGUUCUUGCAGAACUCAUAGCAAUCUUGAGAUUGCUGUUAUAGCAAUGGAGCACCUUCUGGAGCUUGAACCAGAAGACACAGGAAACUAUGUGCUGCUUUCUAAUAUUUAUGCUGACCUCGGAAAGUGGGAGGCCGUAUCCAAAAUGAGGAAACUCAUAAGAAGUCAGAGCAUUAAGAAAACACCAGGUUGUAGUUUGAUUGAGGUCAACAAUGAGGUACAAGAAUUUGUAUCCGGCGAUGAUACAAAACCAUUUUCAGAAGACAUCUUCUGUUUGUUAGAAUUGCUAGCUUUGCAUCAGGACAGAACCAAAUAUCUUGUUGAUAUUAUGCCUGAGGAUGCUAGUGAAUAAAUGUGUUAAACUCAGAAAAGACACCAGGGAGAAAUGUUAUGUAACUGGCACUUUGAUUAAACACAUCAAUCUCCUUUUCU